GUAGUGUUUUGACGGGAACUCUUCUGCUACAUCCGAGCUACACCACUGAAAACAUGAUGCACUUUGUAUCAAAUCAACCACCUUAUCAUUUAAACAUCAGAGGCUCGUGCUGGCAGAUAGUUCAUCCAAAUUGAAAUUAGGUUGCACCAUGGCAAAGCAUUUCCACCUGAACACACCGCUGCUGGAGAGCCUCAGCAUGACCAAAUACGUGGGAACCUCCGUGUACCUGAAGAUGGAGAAUUCACAGCCCUCUGGCUCCUUCAAGAUCCGUGGCAUCGGUCACCUCUGCCAGCAGCUGGCUAAACAGUCCAAAGGGGUUGUCUGCUCUUCAGGUGGCAAUGCAGGUAUGGCUGCAGCCUAUGCAGCCAGAAAAAUGGGUGUGCCAGCCACCAUCGUAGUUCCCUCCUCGUCUCCUCAGCUGGUCGUUCAGAGACUCCAGGAUCAGGGUGCCACUGUGAAGAUUACAGGCAGGGUUUGGGAUGAUGCCAAUGCAGAGGCUCUCAGACUGGCAGAGACUGAAGGACUCACAUAUGUUCCUCCAUUUGAUCACCCCCUGCUCUGGCAGGGCCACGCCUGCAUGAUCACAGAGGUCGCAGCCUCUCUGGGUCCCGGUGUGAAGCCCGGAGCUGUGCUGCUGUCUGUGGGCGGAGGAGGGCUCCUCUGUGGUGUCAUCCAGGGCCUGAAGGAUGUAGGCUGGACGGAUGUACCCAUCGUCGCCAUGGAGACGGUGGGGGCCGACUGUUUCAACGCUGCAGUUAAGGCGGGGAGGUUGGUCACCCUGGAUGACAUCACCAGUGAGGCUAAAUGCCUCGGAGCAAAGACCGUUUGCAAGAAAGCUUUUGAAUACAGCCAAAGCAGCGAGCUCACAAUCAUUUCUGAACUUGUGACCGACCAGCAGGCUCUGUGUGCUGUCCAGACAUUCCUGGACGAGGAGCGUGUGUUGGUGGAGAUGGCGUGCGGAGCCGCACUAGCAGCAGUCUACAGCGGACUCAUACGCGGAUUACAGGAUGAAGGACGGCUGCCGACUCUCCUGGGCCCCCUGCUGGUGAUCGUGUGUGGUGGCAGCAGUGUCGACAUGGAGCAGCUGACCCACCUUAAACACAAACUGCAGACUUAAAGUAUUGUAUGUGUGUUUAUGUGAAUGGCUAAUGUUGGGCUGCAACAGCUAAAAAGAUUUAAUCAGUUCAGUGACUGAUGUGUAGAUGAAUGGAAGGAAAAUAAGAGAAAGUACAGAAAUGUGUUCUAAUAUAUGGUUGGUAAUUAAUACAUUGGUGCUUCUUUCAAUAUGGCAGUGUCAUUUUUAAGUUGCAUAAAAUAUAAAAAUGCAAUUGAGUUUCUUAGAAAAACCCAAUUUGUUUAGAUGUAAGUAAUAGAGUGAGUCAAUGACUAGGUUUCCCCACAUGGUGGUGUCACAGUUCACCUUUCAGAAAUACUCCGAUCCAGUCCUGAUGCAGAAACCUUCAUAGGAAAAAGCUUUUUCCUGCUGCAAACAGAUAUUUGUUGUGAUUUAUGAAUAAAUAAAUAAAUGGGACUUCAGCA